AUGGCGGAUGCUCGUUACGCGGCGGCUAUUCUCCUUUGUUUAUUACCAGCGGCGGUUUUGUCUUACGGUUUUCCGGCUGCCCUGAAACUAGAAAGAGCGAUCCCGGCGAGUCACGAGAUGGAAAUCAGUCAGCUUAAGGCACGCGACAGAGCUAGACACGGCAGAUUGUUACAGUCCCUCGGCGGAGUUAUAGAUUUCCCCGUUGACGGAACUUUUGAUCCUUUCGUUGUUGGAUUAUACUACACGAAACUGCGAUUGGGAUCUCCUCCAAGAGACUUUUAUGUACAGGUUGACACAGGAAGUGAUGUGUUGUGGGUCAGUUGUGCUUCUUGCAAUGGCUGUCCUCAAACCAGUGGACUCCAAAUUCAGUUGAAUUACUUUGAUCCAGGGAGCUCAGUGACAGCGACACCGAUCUCAUGUUCUGACCAAAGAUGCAGUUGGGGUGUUCAGUCCUCUGAUUCAGGCUGUUCUGUUCAGAACAACCUCUGCGCUUACACGUUUCAGUACGGAGAUGGAAGUGGCACCUCAGGGUUCUACGUCUCUGAUGUCUUGCAAUUUGACAUGAUUGUAGGAAGCUCUCUGGUCCCAAACUCAACCGCUCAGGUUGUGUUCGGAUGCAGUACCUCGCAGACGGGUGAUCUAGUGAAGUCGGAUAGAGCAGUUGAUGGAAUCUUCGGGUUUGGGCAACAAGGAAUGUCUGUGAUUUCUCAGCUUGCUUCACAGGGACUAGCUCCGAGAGUGUUCUCACACUGCUUGAAAGGAGAGAAUGGAGGUGGAGGCAUAUUGGUUCUUGGAGAGAUUGUGGCGCCAAACAUUGUCUUUACUCCACUCGUUCCCUCACAGCCUCAUUACAAUGUGAAUCUGCUGAGUAUCUCAGUAAAUGGCCAAGCUUUGCCUAUCAAUCCCUCGGUCUUCUCCACAUCAAACGGACAGGGAACAAUCAUUGACACUGGUACAACACUUGCUUACCUUUCUGAAGCAGCUUAUGUUCCUUUCGUUGAAGCUAUCACAAAUGCUGUUUCUCAGUCUGUCAGACCAGUUGUUUCGAAAGGGAACCAGUGUUACGUGAUAGCCACAAGUGUUGCAGACAUAUUUCCACCAGUUAGCUUGAACUUUGCUGGUGGAGCAUCCAUGUUCUUGAAUCCUCAAGAUUACCUCAUUCAGCAAAACAACGUCGGAGGUACUGCAGUGUGGUGCAUAGGUUUUCAGAGGAUACAGAAUCAGGGGAUAACGAUUCUUGGAGAUUUGGUUCUUAAAGACAAGAUCUUCGUCUAUGAUCUGGUGGGGCAGAGGAUAGGAUGGGCAAAUUAUGACUGUUCAAUGUCUGUAAAUGUAUCUGCGACUAGCAGCAGUGGAAGAAGCGAAUAUGUGAACGCAGGACAGUUUAGUGACAGUGCUGCGCCGCAGAAGCCGUCUCUGGACAUUUUCAGAAACACUCUAAUGCUCUUACUAUUGGUGAUCAACAUGUUCUUAUAG